UCAAUUAACGGGGGGAGGGAAAAGAACAACAUCUUUGGCCAGUCAGAUCCCUUCCUUAUCUCCAGAGGCCAAAACCCAAUCCGACUCCCCAAAUUCCCACCUCUCAUUUCCCCUUCCUCCUCCCUCCCCUCCUUCUUCAUCAUCAUCAUCAUUGUUGCCCACACUCUCUGUAUGCCUUCUCCAGCUCCACCAACAUUGCCCCUCUCCUCCAUAACCUCCAUCUGAGCACAGAGGGAGGACACAAGAAAAGAGGAAGCCCACCAACGCCACCACCAUGGCCUGCUCCAACCUCCCAGUGUGGCUCUCCAAAUCGAACACCCAGAACCCACUUUCUCCCUCCUCCUCCUCUUCCGCCUCCCCCUUUCCCCACCACCACCACCAGAACCGUCGGCGCUCAACUAUUGUCUGUGGCCUCCGCGAGCUCCGUGAACGAAUCGACUCCGUCAAGAACACGCAGAAGAUCACGGAGGCCAUGAAGCUGGUGGCGGCCGCGAAGGUCCGGCGAGCCCAGGAGGCCGUGGUGAACGGUCGCCCCUUCUCCGAGACCCUCGUCGAGGUCCUCUACAACAUCAACCAGCAGCUCCAAACCGACGACGUCGACGUCCCGCUCACGACCAUCCGCCCCGUCCGGAAGAUCGCCCUCGUCGUCAUAACCGGCGACCGUGGCCUGUGCGGCGGCUUCAACAACAACAUCAUCAAGAAGGCCGAGGCCCGCAUCGCCGAGCUCCGCUCCCUCGGCCUCGAGUUCACCGUCGUCUCCGUCGGCAAGAAGGGCAACUCCUACUUCAACCGCCGUCCCUACAUCCCUGUCGACCGCUUCCUCGAGGUUGGGAACCUUCCGACGGCUAAGGAGGCUCAGGCAAUCGCGGACGACGUCUUCUCCCUGUUUGUCAGCGAGGACGUCGACAAGGUCGAGCUCCUCUACACCAAGUUCGUCUCCCUCGUGAAAUCGGAGCCCGUGAUCCACACUCUCUUGCCGCUCUCCCCUAAAGGAGAGGUCUGCGACAUCAAUGGCAACUGCGUCGAUGCCGCCGAGGACGAGCUCUUCCGCCUGACCACAAAGGAGGGUAAGCUCCGAGUCGAACGUGACGUCGUCCGGCUGCCGACGGCGGAGUUCUCGCCGAUCCUCCAGUUCGAGCAGGACCCCGUGCAGAUUCUCGACGCGCUGCUCCCUCUCUACCUUAACAGCCAAAUCCUCAGGGCGCUGCAGGAGUCGCUGGCCAGCGAACUCGCCGCCCGAAUGGCCGCCAUGAGCAACGCCACGGAUAACGCCGUCGAGCUGAAGCGCUCGCUCUCCAUCUCCUACAACCGCGAGCGGCAGGCCAAGAUCACCGGCGAGAUCCUCGAGAUCGUGGCCGGCGCGGAAGCUCUCACAUAAGUUUCUUGCUGCUUUUUCUUCUAUCCUCCUUCCCCUCUCCCUUCCAUUCUUCUUCUCCCUCCCCUUCUCUUUUAUUUUUCCCCUUCUUAUGGGCGUCUUGCUUCUGAUUGAUUAUGGUGAUAAUGUAUGGGGCUUUUCCCUUUAUUGUCUUUUUGUUUCUCCUUUGAUGGUGCAGAUAAAAGAACUUGUAUCUUAAUGCAACUGUUGUUUCAACCUGAAACCAAGAUGCAGAAAGCUUCAUGAGAUCUCUGGUCUUUUUAGGUUUUAGAUAUCAUGAAGUUUAUUUGUAAUCUGUGUAUCUAUAUUUCUUUUGUUGAACUAAAUGUGAAGAGAGCAUCACUUCAUUGGGUAA